AUGCAAACAGUAGGAUCAUGGAAUGUUAGAAGCAUGACUCAAGGAAAGCUGGACAUCGUGAAAACAGAAAUGGCUCGUUUGAAGAUCAACAUACUUGGAAUAAGCGAGCUGAAAUGGACAGGAAAAGGUCACUUUCAGUCAGAUGAUUUCAAAGUCUUCUAUGCUGGACAUGAGGAAAAACGGAGAAACAGAGUUGCCGUAAUCACGAAGAAGGAAAUCGUGACAGCAGUUAUGGGAUACAAUCCAAAGAACGACCGCAUGCUAUCCAUUUGCAUCCAAGGCCACCCGAUCAAUGUAACCAUCAUUCAAGUGCACGCACCCAUGACAGACACGGAUGAGGACACCCAUAAAACCUUCUAUUCAGACCUGCAACAGCUAAUUGACUCCACUCCAAGGAAGGACAUUACUCUUAUCAUUGGAGAUUGAAACUCCAAAGUUGGUGCACAAGGUGAACCUGGCAUAGCAGGAAAAGAAGGCUUGGGUGAACUAAAUGAAGAAAGAGAAAGACUGAUAGAAUUCUGCCAAGAAAAUUCCUUGUGCAUCAUGAACACAUGGUUCAAGCAACCCAAAAGUAGACUCUACAUGUGGACGUCUCCGAAUGGGCAACACCAGAACCAAAUUGACUACAUACUUUGCAGUAGACGAUGGAAAAUUUCAGUACUAUCAGCAAAGACAGGUGCAGACUGUGGCACAGAUCAUGAAUUACUACUAGCAAAGCUGAAGAUCAGGCUGAAGAAAACUAAGAAGAUCCAAACACCUCAAAGAUACAACCUGGACAACAUUCCAGACGCAUACUCUGUCACCACUGAAAACCGUUUUAACGCCCUCAACUUGGACGAAGGACACCCCAAAGAACUAUGGGGAGAAAUACGCGACACAGUACUCCGAGAAGCCAAGAAGAGCAUCCUGCAAGCGAGACGCUGA